AUGAUCGCAGCCGUACCAAGUACGAGCAAGUUAAAGUGUACUCCGUUUAAUUCGCCGGUCAGCGCACUUGACUAUCUGACUCUGUUCUACUUUCUUGUAUCAGCGAGACUCUCCAGCAAUCUUAAACGCCUUUUCCACGGCGGCGGUGGCAGCGGCGGCAGCAACAGCAGCUCUGCACCAGCCAGUCCGGAUGCCUCCGCUUCGAGGGGCCCAAGGCCGUUGCUGGCGCUGUCCGCAGACGAGGCCCGUCGUAUGCUGACCUCCGACGCCACCUCAGUGGCCCGCACUCCCCUUGGCCCUGGACCGCAGCUGCUGUUGCCGCCCACAGCAUCCCCUGUUUCCGGCGGGCGUUUGGAAUUGCGAUUGGACGCCGGGGCGCACCGGCCGCCUCCUGAGGUGGAUCCCCUUGGCUAG